UCCCCACGCACCAACCAUACCAUGGCAAAUCAGAACACAACAAACGCAUAAAGCAUGCAAUGACCAACCCCUGCUAUACAUGUCGUCGCCGACACGUCCAAUGCGAUCGGUCCAAAGUCCCCUGCGCCAAAUGCGAAAAAGCCGGCCUAGAAUGCUUCGACAAGCGACCACUGCGAUGGGUCAAGGGAAUGGCGAUCCGAGGCAAUAUGCAGGGUCUUUCAGUGGAGGAUGCUUCGAAAGCUGUGAGCAGGGGUGAUAGGGUUCCGGCGGGGUUAGAGGAUACUGCCGUGGGGAGUUUGGAUCGGACGUCGAGGUUUUAUUUGGAUUAUUAUAACGAACGCAUCUGCAAGUUGUUUAUCGUCUAUGACAGCAAUAAAAAUCCUUUUCGGAGUUUAAUUGCCUUGGCUAUGAAUGACAGGACCUUGCUCAAGGCUGUUCUGGCCCUGGCGGCACAGCACAAAGCCAACACGGGUUACUCUGAUCAAUCCGAACAACCAUCUUCGAAUCUUACGACCUCUCACCGGGACGCUCUAGCGUUUAAGCACCAGGCAAUUCAGGGAUUGUCCCAGAAAGUGCAGGAUGUUACCCUGUGCAGACAAGAUACGACCCUGGCCAGCAUCUUUCUUCUGAUCUUCCUGGAUCUUUUAGAAUCUGGGAGUGAUCGAUGGAAUGUCCAUCUUGAAGGCGCAAAGAGUUUAAUCUCGCUUAACCAACCACUCAGAAACGACAAUCCUGGCCAGACGGUACAGGAGUUACGCAACUUCGUUGCCAAGCAGAUAUAUUCGAUCGAAACGCUUGGAGCAACGUUUGUACGUCCCAGGUUACUCUCCCAGUUUGCUCCACCAGCGAUGCUCCCCCAAGACACCGUGGAACAAUCCUUCCUCGGUUGUCCGGAAUAUCUCCUUCAUGCCAUCCAAUGUAUUUCCCACGAGCGAGACGCCUUACUCGAUAAAAACACGCUGGACAACGCACCCAUCGCCCUCCAUAUCCAAAAUCUCACGACAGUACUCGACUCCAUUCAACAAUUCGACUGCUACCUCUGGGCCUCCACACUCCCCCACCAAUCUUCCCACAACAUCAACGAACUCUGCAACCUACCCCAAGUCUACAAACUCGGAGCCCUCCUCUACGGCCAACGCGUCCUAGACGCCCUAACAAACCAAACCACACCCCAAGAUGACCUAAUAUACGAACUACUCGGCGUAAUCGGCUCCCUACGCAGCGACUAUUCCCUAUUCAAAUGUAUCUUAUGGCCAAUCUGCAUCGCGGCGCUGGAGAGUCCGUGGCCAGCACAGCGGGAAUUUCUCAAGGCUUGCCUGGAUAAGUUCUGGCAGGAUACGAUGUGUUUGAAUGCGGUGAAUGCGGCAAAGAUAGUACAGCAAUAUUGGCAGUGGGCGGAUGAACAGGGUCAGGAAUCGAGGUGGAUUUUCCAUAUUGGGUUUUUGGGGGGAGAUUGGCUUCUCAUAUAGCCAAUGUACAGAGUAAUACUUGAUAUAUGUGCGUGUCAAUAAAUUACCCCAUACUUCUGAUUGGUAUAAUUCGUCGUUUUCAUUUUCUGAAAAAUAAACAAACCAAAAU